AUACGUAUCUCUUUCUAUCACCAAGACUCGUGGAUCUUAAUUAAUUAUCAAUAUAUCUUUAUUCUCUUCUAUUUUAUCUAGUUCCAGUCCCUGUCUCAAUUUCCAAAAUUUGAAAAUUCAGAAUUAAUAUCUCUCAAAUUUGGUAUCAAUUCUUGUUUAAACAUAUCUUUUCAAUCACCAAGACACUCACAUUUUAUAAAACAAUCCAUAUAUCUUUAAUAUUCUUUCUUAUUUUGUCUGUGCUGUCUCAGGGUUGCCGUUUCUGUCUGCUUAGCUAUACUACGUGCUGUCAUGGCCUCAUAUUUCAUUCGCUUACCUCUUGAACAGAUACUUCACCUAAAAUCAGCCUCUCACACGCUGAGAUAUGCAGUAAAAUUUUCUUUGAUCUCUUCCCUAAUAUGCAAAGGUUUGCACAUGUACACUCUUAUCCAACCGUUCUGUCCACUGCAUCAUCUUGUGUGACUCACCGCCCAGACAGGACCCACAACAAUGCUGACAGCCUGAGCCGCCGCCCUGUGAGCUGGGCUGCACCCACUGUGUAGGGAAGGAACCUGAUGUGGUAGUCCGACGACUGAGAAUCCUGGGGGACACUAGUAAGAUAGACGAUAAGUGGAAGAGAGCACAGCGGGAGGACACUGACCUUGCCCCUGUAAUCCGCUGGCUGGAAGCAGGCGAUGAGCGGCCGGACUUGGAGGUGGUGUCGGCCGAGAGUCCCUUCAUCAAACACCUCGUGGAGCAAUGGGUCACACUGAAGCUGGAUUGGGGCGUGCUACUGAAGUGCUGCUGAAGACAAGAGAAGACGAGUCUUCCUGGUUAAUGGUGGUGCCAAGCUCUUUGAGGGCUGAACUGCUGCUGGAGUUGCGCGCAGGCCUCAUGAGUGGCCACCUGGGAGAGAAGAAGACUGAGCCGCCUCCGUCAGCGCUUUUACUAGGUAAGGUUGCGUGCAGACGUGCAGGAAUGAUACAUGGCCUGUGAUACGUGUUGUGCCAAGAAGGGACCUGCAAGGAAGACUCGCGUGCUUCUCCAGUUGCAUCAAGUUGGCGCAUCCAUGGAAAGAGUGGCUAUAGACAUGGCAGGGCCUCUCCCUCUCACCACGCGGGUUAAUCAGUUCGUCUUGGUUGUAAUAGACUACUUUACAAAAUGGUCCGAGGCAUAUGCUCUCCCCAACCACGAGGCAGAAACGGUGGCGGACGUGCUGGUUAGUCAGUUCUUCACCCUAUUUGAAGAGCCGGAUGAACUGCACUCUGACCAAGGAAGAGAAUUUGAAUCUCAGGUCUUUUCAGAGUGCUGUGAGAUGUUGGGCCUACGCAAAACAGGACAACGCCCCACCAUCCCCAGUCAGACGGUAUGGUAGAGCGAUCUAACCGUACCUUGGCAGAUGGAUUGGCCAAGUACUGUGCUUAAGGACAGCUACACUGGGAUCUCAAGUUGCCUGCUUUCCUCAUGGCCUACCGAUCUGUUGUGCACGAGGUGACAGACUAUACUCCUGCACGCCUUAUGUUGGGGAGGGAGCUGAGACUGCCGGUGGACCUGGUCACCGGGCGGCCACCUGAUCAAAGUCUGCCUACUGUCACGACAAGCUACCCACUGGCGCUGCAGGAAAGCCUAUCAGAGGUCCACAGACAGGUGCGAGACAUUUUUCAGAUGGCAGGGCAGGCCAUGAAGCAGUACUACGACCGGAGGAUGAGAGAAGCGAGCUACUCUGCUGGUGAUGUGGUGUGGCUGUACAACACUCGUAGGAAGAGAGGAUUGUCUCCGAAAUUGCAGAGUCCCUGGGAGGGAUCUUACAAGAUGGUGGAUGCUGUCUCCAAUGUCAUCUACAGAAUCUGUCGAGGACAUCGGGGUUGUAAACUCGUCGUCCAUGUUGAUCGUCUGUGGCGCUAUCAUGGACCUGGUUAUUAUACAUGGGGCCGUGGAGAGGCGAACAAGACCGAGGAGGAGGGACGGCAGGAUGGGCGUGAGCCUGCUGUAACGGAACCGCAGACAGUGGGCCACCAGCCUACUUCGGACGUUGGCCUUACCGGGAGGAGGGACGGAGAAUAUACCUCAGCAACGGUACCUUCUCCUUCACUCGACGCUGGACAACGAGGUGCCAUACCUAAGCGACGCCGCCAGGAGCCUAGACAGUUUUGGGGAAUGUGAUCAAUACCAACUGACAUCAACAGUAGAAAGUGAAAGAAGCAGCAGUGACCUUGAUGGUGAAGAUGGUUUGGCCUUGAGAGGGAGGAGGAAACGGUCCAAGAAGACACUGCCAGAGGAUUUCAUUAGUAGUCAGGAUUUGGAUUGUAAUGCUGCAGUUCCAUCUGUACAACAGAGGUGGUGGUUCAAACUCACAACAAACAGCUGCUCCCACCCCACCACAAAAGAUGGUUAGAUACAGCCAGCUAAACAAAAGCUCUGAUUCAAUAGAGUCAUGUACAACAAGAACUAAACCUCCAAAGAGAUAAAGUUCAUAUGAUUAUGACAGAAUUCCAGAGGCGUGUUAUUCAUCUUUUGCUGGAUAUGAGGCAUUUAGUGCAUAUUCUGACUGAUUCUACAGCAAGUGAUGCUGACAAGAUAAUUCAACGGAUGGAGUCUCUGGAGGAAGCACACGUGUUGGAGGUGAAUUAGCAACGCCCUCUGUUUUCAGAGAAAUGACUGAAAGAUGUGUCAGCAUAGGUGGCAUUCAUAUGAAGGAUAUGGUAUCAAAGCUAAUAUGCAGCUUUUUGACAAAGAAAUUAAUGUGUCAGUGCAACAUGCAUGGUCAGCGGGGCAAAGUGACUUUUAAAAAAUACAAGAUUGUGCAAUGUCAUUAGAGACAGUGCAUGUGCAGAAAAGAUUUAGAGAUGCCAGUCUGACAGAAGUAUAAAUGAUAAUUGCAGCAAAACUAUGUAAUGCCCCCAGAAUUAAAGAAACUGGAAUUUAAUUCAUGUUGAAAUUACUGAACAUUAGGAUAGUUAAAUGUCUGUCAUGUCCGGCACUCCUACAGAAUCUUGGUCCCGCCUGGUUCGUGGGCCAAAGUUGCCAGUUAUGGAUUUUCUGCUGCAGUGUUACCACACUGGGCGAGCGAACCAUCCUGGCAGCGCUCCCCAGCGUAGGAAUGCACAUACACACAAUGCCAGAGAAGACCGCAGGGUGGAAUACAAAUACUUUGAAGUGCCGCGUGUGUGGUAUAGUCUUCCCUCCCUCCUCUUAUUUAAUGCAACAUCUCUGGCCAACAAGAUGGACGAGUUGACUGUGACGGUGAGUUCUACUUGUGCGGACAUUGUGACGGUUACUGAGGCGUGGCAGAUUGUUCCUGAGGUGUGCACGAUGCAGGACUACCAGCUCUACCAUCACCUCAGGUCAGGACGCAGGGGGGAGGGGGGGAAUGGCCGUUUUCUGCCGCUAUGCCCUCAGCCCCUCACACCUCCCUGUCGAUAUUCCUGCCGGUGUGGAGGCCCUGUGGGUGAGAGUUACGCCACCCCCCCCCCCAUUCCAGCAACACGGCCUCCAUCAUCGUGUGCGUCCUGUACCACCCCCCACGAGCUGCCACAGCACAGUUACUCACCGCUCACAUCAUCGACACUGCUGAUGCCCUGAGAGUGAGGUAUCCUGCCGCCAAACUGGUCAUCUGUGGGGACUUUAAACAGAUUAGAUAUCAACGAUAUUCUACACCAGCUACACCUCACCCAGGUCGUGAACUUCCCCACCCUCCAGCAAGCAAUCCUCGACUUUAUACUGACAGACCUGGGGCAGCAGUACUCGCCCCCCAAGCCGCUGCUUCCCAUCGGACGGAGCACCCACCUCUCCAUACUGUGGACACCCACACCCACCACCUUGACCCCCCAGUCAGCUGUCACCAGGACCCACCGCCCCAUGCCUGACUCAGCCAUGAGGGCGUUUGGGCAGUGGGUGACGCAACACCCGUGGACCGAGGUGCUGGAUGUGGAGGACGUCCACUUAAAAUGGCAAAAUUACGUCGUCACCACCACAGAAGCCUUCCACCGCUACUUCCCAACUAAGAGCGUCACGGCGCACCCGUCUGAUGCCCCCUGGAUGACGCCCGGCAUUAAAAAGACUCAUGCGUCAGCGGACCUGGGCGUUUCACUCCUGCCCGGUCCUUUACAGGAAACUAAGAAACAGAGUGAUCAGGGAGAUUAAGGCUGCAAAGGCAAGCUAUUACCCAGACAAGAUACACCACCUCAAGCUGACCAACAACAGACAGUGGUACGCUAAGAUCAAAGCUUUUUGCAGCUUACAAAAGCACACUUCAUCUCUUCCUUGCACCUCACACCUUCCUGCUAAUCUCGCGUCUCAGGAGAUGAACGAUCACUUUGCUGCUAUCUGUCAAACUUUUCCUCCCCUCCACACCACUCCGCUUCCUGCCUAUCUUCCCGCUCCCUUCCCUCUCCCCAUUGUCCAGGAGGUGGAUGUUUUUUAAGAGAAUACUCAAAUUCAAACCAAGAUCCACCACACCCACUGACCUUCCUAUAAAAAUUUACAAGGAAUUUGCUGUAGAGCUAGCAACACCGCUAUGCUCUAUAAUAAACGCCUCACUCUCCCAUCACUCUUGCCCCACGGACUGGAAGACAUCUUACGUCACCCCCAUUCCCAAAACUUCCAGUCCACAGUCACUCAGUGACCUCAGGCCAGUCUCUAUCACCCCCAUCCCUAGCCUUAUUUGUAAAGAUUUUGUGUAUGACUGGGCGUACACCAAAAUUUGUAAUACCGUGGACAUCAGACAUUUUGGAAAUAUUAAAGCCACCUCCACCUCCCAUUACCUGACCAGCUUCCUUGAAUUCAUCCACAGCCACCUGGACAAGCGAAACACCUCUCUAGCUGUUGCUUUUGUGGAAUUCAAAAAGCCUUUGAUCUUGUUGAUCACACUGUUGUCAUCAGCAAGGCAGUAAGUCUGGGUUUCCCCCCUAACCUGGUAGCGUGGCUAGCUGACUUCCUCACAGGGAGGCGUAAGGCCGUUCGCUAUCAGGGCUCUGUCUCUAAUUUCCAACAGCUUACAUGUGGGGUCCCCCAGGGGACCAAGAUGAGUCCUCUAUGCUUCCUCCUUCUCAUUAACGACGCCCUCACUGACACCCCCCAUCGCUGGAAGUAUGUGGACAACUGCACCAUGGGCGUCCCAGUAUCCACCAAGAACCCGGACUAAUCGCCACUGCAAGCAAUUCUGGAGCGACUGCAGACGUGGACGGAGGAGAGUAGGAUGACCAUCAACCACAGCAAAAUUGUGGUGAUGCAUUUCUGUACCUCCUCUGUACCAGUGCCCCCUCCCCAGCUCACAGUGGACCCUCACCCCCUCCAGGUGGUCCGAUGUGCCAAGCUUCUCGGAGUCACGGUGGACGACCAGCUGACCUGGAAGCAGCAUGUCGCCAGCACCGUAAGAUCAGCUACCUACAGGCUGUACAUGCUGCGCAGACUCAGGUCGCUGAGGACGCCGACAGAUGAGUUAAACUCAUGUAUGCCUCCCCAGUGUGGUCCUCCUCCCUCACACACACUCAACAGCUACAGCUAGAGAGUGUGCAGAAAAGGGCGUGCAGGGUCAUCCUUGGCCCGGCAUACACCACCUAUGAAGAAGCCCUGACCACCCUGAGUCUGUCCAGACUAUCCACCAGGCACCGAGAGGCUCUGGAGAAGUUUGGAAGGGGACUAUUGCAUCAUCCACGUCUCAGAAACAUGCUAUCGCCUGACGCGCCUCGCCCGGUCUGUGCCACCAGACACCACAACAAGAUAACGCCCCAAAAGGCGCCGCGCACGGACCGGUACAGACUCAGUGCGAUUCCCACCAUGGUGCGAGCCAUCAAUCAAUAGUCCCUUCUAGAUUAGACUUACCUUUAGGAUUAAUGUUAAGUAUUUCCUCACUCCCUAUGUACAUUUUCAGUUUGUUAACUACCUAAGUAAUAAACCGUUUAUUAUUAUUAUUAUUAUUAUUAUUAUUAUUAUUAUUAUUAUUAUUAUUAUUAUUAUUAUUAUUAUUAUUAUAAUGCUCAUCUCGCAAUGUAAAAGUGGUCCAACACCUGAAUAACACCUGAUUAACACACACACACACACACACACACACACACACACACACAUAUGAUGCUCGUCUCGCGAUGUAAAAGUGAUAACACCUAAAUAACAUACACGCACACACACACACACACACACACACACACACACACACACACAAUGCUCAUUUAUAGAGUGUAAUAGAAAGUGUGUUAGAGAGUUAGAGAGUGUAUAACAUGGCUCACUGGGGAGGGCUGGCAGGAUGGCUCGCUCACCCAGCAUGGUAAGACUGCAACAGAAAAUGCAUAACUGUCAACUUUGGCCCGCAAGCCAGGCGGGAACAAGAUUCUGUAGGAGUGCCGUUGUCACAGCCCGUUUCCCCCCCCCCCCCAGUUCAAAGCUCCCCGGGGGGAAACUUAGACUAGUCUAUAUUUCCCAAGGGUGGAAUUACGUUACUGGUCUACAUUUCCUCUCUUUAGUCUAGAAUUCCCCCCCCCACCCCUGAAUAUCACAAUGAAAUAAUUGAGACAAACAAUUUAAGAUAAUUUAUUGAUUUAAAAACAUAUUUAAGAUACUUUAUUGAUUUAAAAACUUAUCUAUGUUGUAGUUAAACUGUACAUGUUUGAAUACAAGUUAAUAACUGUAUCUAGAAACAAUUUUUUUCUUUGACAAUACAACUGGACUUAUCUAAAUACAAGAAGUUAAUAACUAUAUAUAAAUACAAGUCUUUCUUGGUAAUACAACUGCACUUAUUUUACAUACUCAAGGCCCAACAGCAUUAACCUCUUCCAUUUUUAGUACAUUUUGCACAAGAACCCAUGCAUCUUCAUCAAAGUAACAUUUCAAAUCCUGCAAGACAUUUCUCAUGGAUAAAAUUUGUCCAGGCACCUUUUCUGGUAUGCAUUUGUAGCGGGACACAAGUCACCGCUCCUAGCACUCCGUUUUCUGUUAUAUUUUCACCCUUCCGUUUUCACUCUCUCUACUGCACAAACUUUUGUCUUUCAUCUCUUCUUUCCUCACUUUAUACAUAUCUCUUACUGUACACAUUCUGUGCACGCUCUUUGACACAUGUGUUACACAUCUUCUCAAUACAUCUUAUUACUCCUUUCUUCACACAGACAUACACACACACAUACACUCUCUUUUUCUAUAAUCUUAUGUAAAUUAUUUAUUUUUGUAACGAAAUUUUGUAUAUAUUGUUCAUGUUUUUGCUGAAUAAAUUGGGACACUGCACACAGGCACAGGCACGAGAGACACCCCACUCGGCAGCCAAGCCGUCAAGACGUCCACCGCUCUCUACCGACUUCGCUUCAGCAAGCUUACUGGGCUCUGCUUCCAACAUACUUGUUGGACUUAGUCUCUGCUUACUCGGCUGGACUUAGUCUCUGCUAGCUCGGCUGGACUUAGUCUCUGGUAGCCCGGCCGGACUUAGUCUCUACGUGACUAACCGGACUCAGUCUCCAACGAAGAUUUUGUCUUCCAGCCCAUUACUGACUUAGUCUUGGAGCGUAGGCUGGAUCCUGUCACUCCUUGCGCUGCUGCACUCUGCCCAACCGCUGGACUUAGUCUCUGUGCUCAUACAGACUUUGCUAGCACUUUCCUUUGGCUAAAAACCUGGGGUUAUUACCCCUUAUAGACAUAUCCUGUUACUCAGGGUUUGGUAACACUACCAAGGGGCCCCACGGCGUUCGAGGGAGCCGCCCAACGAGCUGCGGCCCUUAGGUAGUGCUUACCAUUCACUUAGUAUUCGCAGGGCUUUCUUGCACUUUCCCUUUCCUUUCUUCUGCGGUUUCUUUGCCCACUAGGUGGAUUGCACUGUGGUACGAAGGUGAACCCCCUGGGCUUGCCUCAGGGGGGCCCCUCUAGAGGGGUGCUUAUAGGAAGCAGGCAAUCUCGGGCUGUAGGGUGCUAGGAAAGUCUCUCUUGAGGCAAUUCCUUCCUUCCCUUCGACGCCUCUUAGAAGGUGGGGGACGUUGGAGGAGGAAUUGUAGGCAGUUUUCUUCCCUAGGUAGUUGUGGUUCUGCUCCUCGGAGCAGUCUUGUUGCUAGGUCACUAUAGGGAGCCAGGUCGUUCACUUGGCGGGUUUUUUCCCGGGCAUAGGAGGUCGAAUAGCGACCGACCUGUGCUCGGGCCGGCCUCACGUCCGUGAACGACUUGGACCCAACACAGAAACUGACACUAUACACAUUUACACACUUAUGUCAUGAAAAAUGCCACGAAUAAAGAUAAAAUCCAGUGACUCUAAAGACCCUAGGAAGAAAUCUGGUUUGCUUGCCAUCCUGUCAAAUAAUGAUAUAUAUGUCACCAAACUGAUCCCUGUCUCUGACGGAUACGUAAUCAUCACCUCAAAUGAUGAAGACCUUGACAAAGUAUUCCAACAAAAAACAACAAGUGAACUUAAUGAAAAUGAUUUCUACCCUCUAAUUCCACCAGAACUGAGAGCAAAAAGGUCUGUAAUAGUUUUCAAUGUUGACCCCCACAUAUUCAACAACGAAGAACAAGAAAUACAAGAUGAGCUCCAAGAACACAACGAAUGGGUUAAGAAUAAUCUUAGCAGCAUUUACAAAUUCCCCAACUCCAAAACUUUAAAAAUAACUUUUAGUCAAGCUGCAACAGCACUAAAAGCUCUAGACACCGGCCUGAAAAUGUUUCAGAUGAGCAUCCCUAAACACAGAAUACAGCAAGAAAAAUUCUACCAACUCCAAACUUGCUUUAGAUGCUACGCCAUCGAGGAUCACCAUACCAACGCGUGUCCUCUAGAUAGAGAUUAUAAAGUAUGCUCUGAAUGUGCAGAUCAAGACCAUUCAUGGAAAGACUGCAAGAACACUAAAAAGAAAUGCAUAAACUGCAAGGGUGACCACAGAACACUAUCCAUGACAUGCCCUAUGAGAAAAACAGCAAUAAAAGAAAAAAGGGAAAUGAAUAAGAACAUCAACACCUACGCAGGGGCCGCUAAGAACACAGCAUCAACACAAAGUUUCUCUGCUCAUACUAACAUAGACAAGGACCUUCACCUCAAAAUAUACUCUUGUAUGCUUCAUGCCCACAUUAUGAACAUCUCUGAGCCUGGAUGCUUUGAAGCUGAGCUCAACGCAACCUUCACAGCCAACAACUUGCCAACUAUCAAGAUCCCAAGAACCCCUAAGUCAGAUCUCCUCAUCAAAAAGCUCACAGAGGAAGAAGAAAAAACGGUAACAGACACAGAGAUCACAAUCAAACGCACACAAGACGGAAAUAAUAAGAAGCAAGAUACCUACCAAGAGACAGGAACCAUAGAGAAACCAAAAAGCAAGAACAGACUCCACAGCGGUGACAUAAAAUUACAUAUUUACACCUCAGAAAGCACAAGAUGGCCACCACACCUGUCACCCACAGACCUGGUUAAGAACAUCAGAGAAAAUAAAUUCAAGUUUACAUACUCUGACCAAUCCUUUGAAGAUUCAGAAAUUCUCCAUCUUAUUGAAUUUAAUGAAAUAAAGAUGGAAGAAUCUUGCUGGUGCAUUGUAGAAGAUAGUGUUUUCCGCAAAAUAAGAUCAGGCCAGAUUAAUGAUAAAUCACCUCUACCCAAAGAUCUAAGAAGACAUAGAAAAUUCUCUAAGUAAAACCAAUAUAUAAAUAUAAAUUUCAUACAAAGAAGCAAUAAAUUUAACCAAACAAUAAACUAUACACAAUAAUGGCUCUUAAUACACUUAAAGUAAUACAACAUAAUGUCCAACACUGGAAAACCAGGAAAACCACACUAUCAAAUAUUUACAGACACUUCGACCCUGACGUAAUUCUAAUUAACAGUCAUUGUAUACCAGACACCCAUAUUAUGAGAAUUCCUUCCUACAACAUAAUAAAGAAAAACACACUAAAUAAUCAUGCAGAUGGUACUGCAAUUGCAGUGAAACGAAAUAUAAAAUACAAAAUACUAGAUGACUUUAUUUCUGACUUAAUUGCAAUAGAAAUUGAAACAACAACGGGAAAAAUAAUUCUGGCAACACUAUAUCAACCUCCAGCACGAAACUUCAUACCGAUCCCUGACAUAAUUAGACUAUUUCGUAGACAAACUCCAGUAUAUAUGAUAGCAGACUUAAACGCCAAUCACCCUUGUCUAGGUUACAAUUAUACAAACACGAAAGGCCGCCAGAUACACACACUGAUACACAAUAGAACACUACAACACAGGGAACCUUACUUUCCAACAUUUUAUACACAAGGAAGGGGCACAACACCAGACAUAAUACUCACCAACUACAGGACACAUCACAACAUACAUAUUACACCUGGCCCUCUCACUUCCAGUGAUCAUAUUCCUAUUUUACUCACCAUUUCAUCAUCACCAAUUUUAAUACCAGCUCCAAAAAAACCGAAUCUAAAACAGGCGGAUUGGGAAAACUUUAAAAAACAUAUUAAUGAUAAUAUAGCAGAUGCUAAUCUGAAUCUUACUGAAAUAGAAAACAUAGACAAUGCAAUAGAAAACUGGCAUAACACAAUUGAUAAUGCCAUUAAAAAUCAUAUCCCAUUCACUAAUCACCGACAAUUACCUGCCCCUAAAUUAACCGAAGAAACUAAACUCACAAUAAUUAGGUUCAAUGCACUCAGACAACACUCACAACAAUACGGCUGGGACAUAAAUCAUUACAGACUGUACAGAACAUUGCAAAAUACCCUAGAAGCGAGGAUGAUAGAAGAAAGUAACAAAAAUUGGCAUAAUUUAUUAGAAGAAGUAUCCGCCACAUACAAAAACCCAGGUAUCUUCUGGAAGAAAAUAAAAGUGAUCACUGGAAAUAACAUUCCCGAACCUGAAUAUCUCCUGAACUAUAACAACACUAAAAUAUACAAAACAGAAGAAAAGGAAGAGUUACACAGACAACACUGGUCGCAAAUAUUUGAAGAGGAGGCAGAGGAUGAAGAAGAAGAAAGUGAAGAAAUAUACCAAUUUUUACAGAACAACCUAGACAGAAUAUCCCCCUACGAUAACACUGACACAUCACGUCUAGGAACCUGCGCUCUUGACACACAAAUAACACCUGAGGAAGUAGGAAAUGUGAUUAAAAAUAUUAAGAAAUCCAGUCCAGGACAAAGUGGGAUAAACAAAACGAUCCUCCAAGCACUUCCUGAU